AUGGACCAUCACUGCCCUUGGCUGUCCACCUGCCUGGGCCUGCGGAACUACAAAGCCUUUGUACUCUUUCUCAUCUAUACGUCUCUGUUCUGUUGGGUAUGUUUUAUCAACGCAGCAUGGUGGAUGUGGAAGGAAUUGUUCGAGCAAAGCGGCUACCUCGACGAAGUGGCACCUGUCAACAUUAUACUUCUUUCCGUCAUUGCCGGGAUCAUUGGUCUGGUACUGAGUGCGUUCACCGGUUGGCACAUCUAUCUCUGCAUGAAAGGCCAAACUACCAUUGAAAGGCUCGAGAAGACGAGAUAUCUUAGUGGUGUCAGAACUCUCGUGGAACGAAAUCGCCAGGAGCAGCAAUUGAACCAUAGGAGACGCAGCUCCGAAGGUGUUGCUGGAAGGUUGCAGCGAGCCGGGGAGCAGUUUCUUGAAUGGAACGCCAAUGCCGUCCCUGGGGCGUCACGGUACGAGGAAGGCGAAGAACAUACUUCCCCCGUCCCGAGUGUCUAUAACACGACACAUCAUGGAGCCCCAUAUUCUCAAGGUCAAGGUCUGUCCGCCGAUGAUCACCACCAUCACGCCAGUUCCAACGACACGCCCGCCAUUCGUGCACUGCGAAGGACUUACUCCCAUAUGGAAGCCACUCGCGAGCGUGAAAGAUAUGCACAAUAUCUAGACGACCAAGAGUCCGAGAAAAUGCCUAAUGCAUUCGAUCUUGGCUGGCGUCAGAAUCUUAGUCACUUGUUCGGACCUAAUCGGUUCCUCUGGGCCUUGCCAAUAUGCAAUACCGUGGGUGAUGGAUGGCGGUGGGAAGUCAGCCCGAAAUGGAUCGCCGCGCAGGAGGAAGCGGCGAAGAGAAAAGAGCAAAGGCUGGCGGCGAUGAUGGAUCAUGAUCAUAAUGCAGGAGCUAUGGGUGGAAGCGGCGAUCGUGAGUAUGCGUAUCAACGGCAUGAGCGAGACCGAAACCGCGAUUAUGCCAACAAUUAUAACGAAACCCACGAAACUACCGUCCCACAGGUUAGAAACGACGACAUGUAUUCCCGCAGCGACAUGUCCAUGAAGCAUCUACCUCCAAAUCAAAUCAACUUGUCCUCGACGACGGAUCAAAGCAAGACAAGACAAAAGAGGGACUUUGACCAAAACGAACCUUUCGAAGUCAGUAGUGCUGACGAAGACAGCGAUUCGGAUGUUGGAUAUGACAUUAGAGAGAACGAAGAUGACGCGGAGAGGGGUUGGAUCAGGAGGAAUCGUGCAGGCAGAGUAAGAUGA